GGGAGGGAUUCACAUAACGGGCACGCAAUGCCGUUCACGUCAGUAAGAAUCAGGCCAAAAAGGUCCAGUGGGUGCCACACGGCAAGACUGAUAAGCGAGUCUCUUGUCGAAUCCCUUAGGCCCCGACCACCCUACCCUUCCCCCGACCAUGCAUGCCAUGCUAGUCAGCCUCGUUAAAGCGUAGCGGCCGUGUAGAGAGAGAGGAAGCAUCCAUCCAUCCGUCAAGCGACGAUAUCAAUCAUCUCAGCAAUCAAUCAGUAUGCAAUGCAUACGGACUGGAUUGGGGGGCGAGUCCCUGCCUGCCUCUGUCAGUAUCAACAUCGACAUGUGUAUCUAUCGUCCUAUCUGUCAGGGCUUCUGCCCUCCCCCGCCCCCCUGUGACCGUAUGUGGUCCUCAAGGACCUCCUUGGCGAUCUCCACCUUCCGCUGCAGGUAAGGCGACCCCGGAAAAUUGUCCUUCUUGGCGUUGAUCUCGUGCAGACGAUGGAAACGCUGCAGCCAGCCAUUGUAGAAGGAAGGACACACAACACAGUGGGAAGCGAAUCCGCAUGUGUUGGUGCUGGCAGGGUGGAGUGGUGUGGUGUGGUGUGGUUGUGCUCCGCUGCACACCUGAACGAUUUCUUCGAUUCCGGUUCGUCUGAAGUCGAUUUCGAGGAUCUUGCUGGCCUCGUCGAGGGACAUCUUGCGACUAAACGUCUGCUGAAAGGCGGGGUUGGCCGCACCACCUGCACACACAGAUACAUAUGGACACGCACACAGACAGACAGACAGACACAACCAUGAGCAUUCUCUCACAUGCACAGAGAAAGGGCCCAUGUCAAUCAGGCUAUCAUUCAUGAUGAAUCUCUGUGUGUGCGUACGCAUGGCAGCUUCUCUGUAGGCCUGUAUGAAGGCUCUGAAGAGGGCACCACCGGCGAUGAAACCGACUUGAGCGAUGAUUCUGAUACCAACCACACAACACACAGACAUGGCAGCGCGUGUGAGUGGUAUCCAUGCCCACGAAGCACCCACCUGGCAAAGGGUCCCAGCACCAU